AUAAAAGGCGUUAGCUUGAGCGCUCAAAUUCAGUUGAUUUGUUAAUUUGCAAGAAACGUGUUGAAUAGAACAAAACAAUCAUGAAGUUGUUUAUUGUUGUACUUGGAGUGUUCCUCGUUUUCGGAGCUCAAGCCUUUUCCACCGGCCUGAAAGAUUCUAAAGACAAUAUUGAAUCGAAGAUUCAAAGCAAAGACGGGUUCGAAGUAUUCGGUUGGUUAGACGAACUCAAGUGCAAAGCAUGCGAGCUGGUGAUUGAAAAAGUAAAGAAAGAGAUAAGCCGAGAUCAAUCAAAGGAAGAAAUUAAAGACUGGCUUGACAGAGCAUGCACCAUAAUUUGGGACAAAAGUCUACGAAAAAUGUGCCGUGAUGCCGUCAAAGGAGGAAUGGGAGAUCAAAUAGUUGAUGACCUCCUUGGAAAUGUGUCAGCGGAUAAAAUCUGCAAGAGCAUGGACAUGUGUUGAUUUUCGUGUAAAUAGGCAAACCGAAUGCGAGACGAAAUAAAAUUUUCAUGGAAUAAUAAACAAUAAUUAGUCAAAUGAAAAAAUAAUCAAUUUUCGAGAAAAAGAUGUGAAAUAAAAUUGAAACUGCAGCUGA